AUGUUAAUUUCUUUAAAAAAAAUUCACAAGGAACAUUUACACUAUUUAACUCUCCAACCGAGUCAAAUUGUGGAAGAGUUCUGUACAUUAGUUACAGAAUUUUUAGAUAAUGGUCCAAAUAUUGAAAGGUAUGCAAAAAUUGCCAGAAAGCUGGGGAUAGAACAAGAAAUCAUAGAAAAUACUGUUUAUGGAAUCACCCAGUUAUUAUUACUAAGUUGUAAAUAUAAGUUAAGUGAGGCAGAUUUCCGAGAUUCAGUUCUUACUUUAGGAUUUUCUCCUGAACAACAAACAGUCUUAAGUAAUUUAUAUAACUCAAAACAAAGCAAAAUACACGAAGUACUCAAAGUUCCCAUUAAGGAACCUCACUUUGAUGAUUUGCGGUGGAGGUUUGAGGCACAGGUGUCAUCAAGAUCACUCCUUCACCAUGUAGUACCACUUGUAACGAUGGAACUUACAACGAAAACAGAAGUCGGUGGAACUUUUGAGAAAGAAAAGUGUCUCCUACAGACGGAUCCUAAUAAUUUAUUACAUAUAGUGAAUGAGUUAGAAAGAGCAUUAGCUGAAUCUAAGAGUAGACACUCCAGAAAAAUUCAAAGAGCUCUAAAAAGUUGA